UAAGUGAACUUUGAGACUGUGCUGCCAAACCUCCAACUCUCAUAUCUGCACCUGAUAAAGGUUAUACGCGAGUGAGGUUCACAAACAACGCAUGCUGAAAAUAACAAAAUAAGGCAUGUUGUCGUUAAUUACCCGGUUUCUGCCAAGUGUUCCUACUUGGCUAACACCAAGUGCUAUUCCUUUACAUAGUGUUUUACAAGGGCUUGUGGGUGCUUGUGGAAUCUGGGUUCUUCGUAACGUUUUAAAAACAUACUUAUUUGUUGAGACACAGAGUAUCGCAGAUCCUGAAAAAGACAUUAGACAAAGGAACAGACUAAAUGGUGGACUAAUAGAAAAAAUUCAGUUCUGGGUCCUAACAGCGGUUCUUUCUGUUGUGGGUUCUCGCGUUGCAUCACUGGUAGUUUUAGAGUUUUCCCUUAGAGCCAUUUCAGCACGGAUCACUGGAGGAACAGACUCAAUAUUUGACCCAUUGUUACUGCUGCUUGUCCAGUGCCAGUUUUCCUUGGGCUGCGCACUAACCUGCAGCCUUAAUUUCCUCCAUGAGGGGGCACCGCAAGGCUGGCUAAGCCUCCUCCUUGCUGUGGGCCUGAGCUGGUUCUUGGCAAGCCGGUGCAGCGGAGUAUGGAGACAUGUAAAUACAAUGUAUCAAAUACACAGUACACAGCGCUAUUGUGGACUUUGCAUUGGACUGUUAACUACAGGAAGUUCUAUAUUAACCUGGCUCUGCAGUGCCCUAAUUAUAACUUUUAGCGUAUCUGGAAUUGCUGCCGUAUCGAGCAUAAACCAACACUUUCUAUCAACCACUGAGGCUCUGAGAUUUUGGACCCCACUCACAAUCUGCUACACUCUGCUGGUUGUAUAUAUGAAUGAGGAUCGACGUCAACCGCCUGGACAACAGAUUCUCAAUACAGUUAUUGUGCGACUGGGUGGGCUUUUAGUGUUACUGAUUACAGUGGGCAGCUGGUCGGAUGUGUUUCAUGUUCUAAUCUGCUUCAUUGGUGAAGCCGCGUGCCUGUUUACAUCUCAAGAUCUUUUGGAAGCCAUAUAUCAGCAUGUCACCUGCGUGCCUAAAGGCCCAUUAAAAAGACCUGGAAACCGGGGAGAACAAAGGAAAUUGGAAAGGAAACUGGACUAGGCUUGGAUGAAAACACACUUGACUUAAACAGGCUAUACACAGUUAAAGUCAAAAGUUUGCACACACCUUGCAGAAUCUGCAAAAUGUUAAUUAUUCUACCAAAAUAAGAGGGAUCAUGCAAAAUGCAGGUUAUUUUUUAUUUAGUACUGACCUUAAUAAGACAUUCCACAUAAGAGACGUUUACAUAUAGUCCACAAGAGCAAAUAGUGAUAAUAGUUGAAUAGUUAGUUUAUAAAGUUGAAUUUAUAAAAAUGACCCUGUUCAAAAGUUUACAUACACUUGAUUCUUAAUACUGUGUUGUGUCCAGUAUGUUUUGUGUUUUUGAAUUCUUGCUAACAAUGAAUGUAUGAUUUUGAGAUC